AUGGCCGCAUUUCGAAGCUUGACAGCAGAUCGCCAAACUUUCGAGCCCUUCAAGCUCGCAGCUCGGACUAGGAGUGCUAGAUCGAUCGAUGAAAAGAGCAAGUCUGCCAGUACCGAGCUGCCGCUACAUCUGUUUGAGUGGUCACAAAGCAAUCAAGAUGGAGUUGAGGUCAAGAACGUCCGGUCCGUAACUGACCUGGAAGCUCGGGACGUGCCUACCGUCCGAGUGGUGUUUGCUCCAAGAGAUGCUCCAGCUCCAGAGACAGCAGAUGGGCUGAUGAGACUCUUCGAAAACUUCAAGAUACCUAGUGCUUUCAUUGCCGAAAGUAUACAGAACAUCUCCCAGUCUUUUGCGGCGCAGAAAGAUAUCGACGGUACAACGUACGUCUGGUUCCACUUUCUCUGCAAGACAGUGAAUGUGGAUGGCAAUCGGAUCAUUCAUCCGCAAGGAGAUAUACAGGAUAGCAGUGAACUUGGUCAGGCGUAUAUCUCUGCACAAAUGCAGAGCCAGGCCGACUUCAGCUGGCUGAAGCCCGGUUUCGUCCUGAAGGUGAAGAAGCAGCCAAGUUUGCCCAGAAUGCCUAGUCGAACGAGAACGUCGAGUAGCGAUGCGACGAUGAAUUCUGCAUCAGUAGAGUCUUCAAUCGAAUUGUUCUGCUUCGGUGCACCUGAAUCGCUGGGCAAUCGUUUCCAGAAACUCGCAGGGUUUGCCAUUUGCGACGAUCUGGUUCAGGACCCGUACAUUCUGCUGGAGGUUGUACUCGAGGAAAUGUACAAAAUUCUUGAUCGUAUUGGAUGGGAUAUUUCCCACGUCUUUGGUGAGAUCGAGACAAAAACUCUGAAGCUGGCUACGACUCCCGGGAAAGUCGAUCAGCUGCCUCGAGACCAUUUCACCGGUCUUCAUAACCUCGCCAAACACGUCACUUACCUGCGUGAGAACUGCGACUCGGCUCUUGCAACGCUUUCGGGGCUGCGCCAUCACCAUUCAGCUGCGAUUGGCGACCGCCCCGAGCCUGCUCAGGAAUUUACACGACAGGCACUUGAGUAUCGCAAAACACUCUUCCAAUCCACACAGCGGCGGCUGGCGAGCCUGGAUAAGCGUAUGGCGAAUGUCAUCCAGCUCUCCUUCCAUCUUGUCACCGUUGGCGACAGUCGCAUCAUGAUGUCCGAGAACCAGAGCAUGAAGACCAUCGCAGUCAUGACGCUGAUCUUCAUGCCUCUCAGUACUGUCGCUGGCAUCUUUGGAACGCAAUUCAUGAAGCUAGAUGAAGAAGAGCCAUGGCAUAUACGCGUGUCGCAAGACUUCUGGCUGUUGUGGGUCAUCGCGAUGCCUUUGACCGUUCUCGUAGUCAUCAUAUGGCGUGUCUGGUACUACGACGCGAGAGGCCGUUUGAUUGGCGAGUUGCCGCCGCGAGGUAAGGAUGAGCGUGGGUGGUUGGGAUGGAAGACGGUUGCUUUUCUCGGAAAGGGGGAGACUUAG